AUGAAGACCAAAGUACUGUUGAUUUUAUCCUGCAUGGUCCUAGCGACGUCAGCAUGGUCGAUGCCGUUCUACCGAGUACCACAAGGACCAAUGAGGUUCACGAGAUUUGCACCACCGCCGCCUGGACAUCUACGGCUACAUCCCCUGCAUCUUCCUCAUCACCACACUCCACUACAUUUGCAGCCACAAGCUCAACCCCAUUUACAACCACAACAUAAGACACCAGUGGAAUCAGGAGAUCUAGAAGACACAAAAUGGCAGCGUCCAAAACGUGGUCAUGAUGACUAUGACCAUGAUCAUGACCAUGACCACAGGGGGACCAGUGGGGUCACGGGCCCAGUGCAUACGUUCGUCAAAACGGACAAGAAUGCCAACUACAAAUGGGGUGUAAGACACCAUGUGGGGGACAAGUACGCUUCCUAG